AUGCUCAGUGAAAAGGCGAAAGGAAAGCAACGAGCAUCCGAUCCUCCAGAGAAUGAUUCUUCGAAUUCAACACAGUCCGACGACGAGCCCGCCACGCGAGAGCUGGUGAUACGAUUCACAGAAGGUGGGGCAGACUUGACGGUGUCGGUUGGGAAAGAGGACACAAUACGAGCAACUCGGCCAGAGCUGAAAGAUCGGAAACUGCGUCUAAUUCAUCUCGGACGGCUGCUGACAGACGGCACCUAUCUCUACUCGUGGCUAGCCUCUCUGGAAGAACGACAAAGGAGGGCGGCAGAAGCUAAUAAUGAAGACGGCCUCUCCUGGAAGCCGUCAACGAUAUGGAUACAUUGCUCCAUUGGGCCUAAACUUGCAACACCAGAGGAUGAAUUGCGAGAGGACACUACGUCAGGACAACUACAACCCGUAAGGGGCUUUGACCGCUUGGCCUCGGUAGGAUUCACGGAGGAGGACAUCGCCAACUUUAGACGGCAGUUUCAUAGCCAAUCCUCGAUGAACUACUUGGAUAUGGACUUUGAAACGGAGGAAGAGUACGACGAACAUGCCAGGGCUUUAGAGGAACAGUGGAUCGACUCUCUUGAUAAUGCGGGCACUGCCAAUCUGUCCCAGGCAUCCAAUUCGACUCAUGCCUCUGUCCUCCAAGGAGUGGUGAUCGGCUUCUUCUUCCCAUUGAUACCCCUUUUCUUCAUGCGAGCGAGAAAGCCAGCGGUGUUCUGGGAGGAUGGAACACCGGCGGAAACACCAUCCAAUGUUAUCUUCACGUGCGUCCAUGUCGUUUUCUAUGGGUAG